AUGGCUGCACAAGUAAGGUUAAAUUGUUCUUCCACAUGUAUUUUCAGAGGGAAGUUUCCUUUGCUCGUUCCCCAAUUGAAAAGUUUUUCGAGCUGAAUUUUGAUUCUCAAGGGGCAAUUCAGCGCUUCAUGGAGUUCAAAGUCAAUCUAGAGGCGGACAAGGAUCAUGUUCGAGUUCAUGGACAAUGUAUGCGCUUUCUUAUAUUUUUAGGACGUCAUUUUUCUUAAUUUUAGAUUACAACAACAUCCAUUUGGGCAAGAGAAUCUUCGGUCCAGCCAGGAAACAGAUGUUCAAGUCGACGAUAGUUGGUGGGAUGGAAAGGCGAUUUGAAAUCAUUGACAAUCAAGUCAACUAUAUUCCGUUUAACAGCGAGUCCUCCGAAAAUAAUUUGGACAAAUGCCGGAAUUCGAGUUAGUAUAACACAAUUUAUCACUAUUUCGGAAUGUUUUCAGGGAUCAAAUGUCGAGAAGAUACGCGAGUCGUUCUGAAUACUGACUCGUUUUCCGAAGAGAGUGAUUUUAUUCAUGCCAAUUGGAUCCGUGGCCCUCCUUUGUUCAAUUCAUUCAUCUUGACCCAAGCUCCAAUGCGCAAUACGAUUCAAGACUUUUGGCGUAUGAUAACGCAAGAGAAGGUCGGGGUUGUUCUUAUGAUGAUUAGUAGAAAAGAGGAAGAGCGGUGCUCACGAUUUUGGCCGUAAGUUUUUCUGUAUUGUACUGGAAUUGUCGAUGAAAUCUUGAAUUUUCGACGAGCCUGUUUGAUGUCUCGAUACUUGAGUUUGUGGAUUUGACAUUUUCAGAUCUGUCGGGGGGAACUUGAAGAUUGGAGCAUUCACUGUGACAACCGAACAUUGUGAUAAGAUUGGAAAUAUCAUUACCAAAUAUUCGAUCAAUGUGAAUUAUGUAGAUACUUCAAAUGUGGAGACUCCGGAAUCCAAGAGCUUGAAGGUGGUUUUGUUCCAAGGUGAUUUGAACAACUCGGACAAUCUUCAUGCCCCACUUAUCCUUCUAAAUGAAGCCAGAAGAAGUAAAACCCCAACUGUUGUCAUUGAUCAUCUUGGUGUUAGUCGAGGUGCCUGCUUGAUUGCUGUAGAAAUCUGCAUGAUGAGUAUGAUACGAGGACCGUCUUAUAAGGUAAUUAUUUCUAUCUGAUCAGUUUAUGCUUUAGGUAAUAGAGGGUAAUGUGUAUUUAUCUUUACCUAUUGAUGGUAAUUUUUUAAAAUUACGAUUUGAUGUUUCAGCACCCAGUCCAACGAGCCGUCCAUUUCCUCCGUUCUCGAAGGCCUUUUUCGGUUGAAACCCCAAUGCAAUACAUCUACAUCCAUCGAGUUCUCCUUUAUUUCCUGAAGCCGUAUGUUGGAACGGCCAAGAAAUUCGAAGAAGAUUAUGAACGGUGGCUCGAGUCCAGGUCCCAGCGCCUUUUUGUUGAUGAUCCUACUGGUCCGGUAAGUUUCUCUUAGUUUGACUUAUUUCUUCUUUUUUUAGAUUCCGGCUCAUCGCCUUUUAUCCCCUCGAGUUGAUCCCGAUCUCUUAGCCCAGGCCAAAUCUAAGCCUCGCCCUAACUUCCGAAGGGAAAUCCAUACAAAUAUCGGGACAUUGCCUCAGGCCAGUGAGCGAGCCGAACAGUCCGCUGCCCUUCAUUUACCUAACAAAUACCCUCGAGGCAGGAAAUAUCUGUAUUAA